AUGACUAUCAAUGGGGAGCAUGCUGUAGCACAGCAUCUCCAGUUGAAAAAUGCAGUGGGUCCGAACGUCGCCUACCUCUGCACCGCCAUGGAGAUAGGAGUAAUUAAAGCCUUCAUCGACUGGAAAGUCUUCGACCACAUCCCAGACGAAGGCCAAAUCUCGUCAUCGAGCCUCGCGGACAUGAUUGGUGGAGAGCAAGAGCUACUCGACCUCGGACCAGAUCGGGGCGGGUUUCCUGACGCACAUGCACAAUCUCUUCAUCCGCUCCAUGGCUCAUUCCCGGCAUACUUGGCUCUGCACGGCUUUAGCUCUCCCAAGCAUGCCCAGGUAACCCCGUUCGGCAUGGCAACAGAGCAUCCGAACGAGAACGUAUAUGAGAUCAUCGCCGGCGACCCAAAGCUUAGCAAAGAGUUUGAUAGCUUCAUCGGGCGCGCAUCGAAAGUCUUCCCGAUGAACGGGGUCUACGACUUGUCGUGGAUGCAGAAACAGGCCGCUGCUACGCGAGAUAGACCGCUCUUUGUGGACAUUGGCGGCAGCAACGGCCACGCACUGCGUGACAUUCUGAAGGACCAUCCAUGGUUAUCAGCCGAGCGAUGCGCCGUCUUUGACCGAGCCCCGACCAUUGAACAUACAAGAGCAAACCUGGAUGACAGCAUCACAUCGAUUCAGCUGGUGGCAGGCAGUGUUCUCGACGUACUCCCAUCCCCAGUCCAAGGCGCUCUGAUUUAUCAACUUCAUCGCGUCCUCAACGAUUUCCCCGACGAUGAUGUGCGCCGAUGCUGGAAGUCGCUGCGCACAGCGGCGGCACCUGACACGCGCGUGAACGUGGUCGAGGAGCUACUACAGGCCAACCGCAACGUCGCGCAAGAUAUAUCGCUCAUGCUCGUAGGGGGGAAACGGCGGAAUGCGCAGAUGCACGCCGCCUUGGCGGGUGAAGCGGGCUUCAAGUUGAACCGGAUAUUCCCCGACACGUACAACGACUGCUCGGUGUUGGAAUUCCUUUUAGCGUAG